AGGUCCCUGGACCAACAUGGAUUUUGCUGAAAGACAGCUCCAGAAACACGGCUGGCAAGCUGGUGAUGGUCUUGGAAAAGAAAAGACUGGGAUAAAAGAAGCCAUCAAAGUGAAAAUCAAAAAUGACAACAGAGGGGUUGGGCAUGAUUCGGGUCGAGAGUUCACCUACCACUGGUGGGACCACGUGUUUAACAAGACAGCAGACAACAUACAGAUACAGGAGUCCAAGGAUGGUGUUGAAAUCAAGAACAAUAACACCACUGGUACCCAAGCCAAGGCCAAGCCACUUGCUGACAAGUCCAUGUUGUAUGGACAGUUUGUUAAGGGUGCCACACUGAGUGAUGGUAGGGAGAACAAGCCGGAGGGCCAUGUGUCAGAGAACAGUGAGGAUGAGGAGGAGAUACAUCAGCCCUGCCUCGUACCUGACAGGGAGGAGGAAGUUUUCAAAAUGUGUGGCGGUCGUACAGCUCACAAGGGUGCAAGACAUGGCCUGAAGCUGAAUGGAAAACUGCAGAGAAUUGAGGAGCAAGAGAGACUAGCCCAGCUGAAACCUGCAGAAGUUACAAAUGGAAACAUGAUUAGGAAGAAAUCUAGCAAACCAAGUAAAGAGACUUCACAAGAGAUCAUAGAGACAAAUGCUAUAGGGAUGGCUGAUGCAGGUAACUUUGGUAUGGAACAUUUUAAAGAAAAAUGUGGGACAAAAACUGAAGCUGACUUCGAAAACUGUGAUGAAGAAAUGAAAAAGAAAUCCAAGAAGAACAAGAAGUCAAAGAAAAAAGAUAAGACCAAAAAGGAAGGAAGAGGAUCUGUUGUUGAUAAUGAAGUGACAGAGUGCAAACUGGUUCAUGGCAACACAGACAUAAUAAUUAAAGAUACUGACACGCAAAAUAAUUUGACAAACGGUAAAAAAAAUGCACCUCUUGCUUGUGAACUUAGAAAUGCUGAUGCUGCUACUCAUGUAGUGGUGGAGAAUAAGAGAAAAAGAAAGAAAAAGAAGAAAGAGAAAUAUAAUGAUGAUGAUAUUGAGGUCGAGCUUGCAAAUACUUUUGGGAAAACAGAAAGUGUGGAUGAUGCUUCAAAGUUCAAUAAAUUGAAACGGAAGAAAAACCGGGAGUAAAUAACAGUGAAUUAUUUUGACAAAUAAAAAAAAGUGAAUUUUUAAGAUUAUACGAAAUAAAGUAAAGAUAAAUAAAUUUUCUUAGAAGAGCCAUCAUGAGGCUACACAAUGAUUUUAAAGUGAA